AUGCCGCGCUAUGUGAUGACGAAAUGCUCGUCGGACGGCGCGACGCGCCUCUACACGGAUCGACCGAAUCUGCGAACAUCGUCGCGUUCGUUGUCGGCGGAAGCGCGACGGCGUCGAACACGACUGACGCGCGCCAGAUGCGUCAAUUCUGAUAGUAAGAAAUCGGAAGAGAGCAACACAUUGUCAAGCUCAUUGUCAACAAUUCCGAUCACUGGUGGAAAUAGCAGUCCCGGCCAGUCGCGUGUUCUCGUCAAAGGUCACACGGUUUCAAGUUGCACACCUCGUUUCGGGUAA